AACCAACCGCCUUAUUCUACACCCUCUUCCACAUAUUUAAUCUCUCUUUAGUCCUUCUCUCAUCUCAAGUCCAUUAAUACCAUCUCUCUUUCUCUACUGUUCACUUUUAAUGUUCACGCCACACAGUAGAACAACCCUUCCUUCUCAUUAAUUGGUUUCAGCUUCUACCAUGGUAGGCAGAUACAACAACUCUUCUUUUGUCACCCACCUCGAAGAGUCUAUCAAUACUCCUGAAAAGAGACCAGAAUCUCCGGUCUCCGGCAUCAUCAACGAUGGGAAGAUAGCUUCUCCUAGGAAAAGUAGGCGAGCUGUGCAGAAGAGGGUUGUAUCGGUCCCGAUUGCGGAAAUAGACGGAUCUCGGAUCAAGGGAGAGGGAGCUCCACCGUCCGAUUCUUGGGCCUGGAGGAAAUACGGCCAGAAACCCAUCAAAGGCUCUCCCUACCCAAGGGGAUACUAUCGAUGCAGUAGUUCGAAAGGGUGCCCAGCGAGAAAGCAAGUAGAGAGGAGCUGUGUGGACCCCACAAUGCUUGUCGUGACCUAUGCGUGUGAGCACAACCACCCUUGGCCGACCUCCAGAAACCAACAACAACAAAAACAGCAACAACAAGAGGCCACUAUUCCCGCCGUCGCCGCCGCAGCUGUCACCACCUCAACGUCCCCAACGACCUCAUCAACUUCCACCCCUGAAGCAGUGCCCGGCACCCCCAAGCUCCAGUCAGAAGAAUCGUUAGUUUUCGGGAAUCAAACCGAGAUCGAACCGGACGAGAAAUUCGCGGACCUGGGAGAAGAACCGAUGAUCACCACCGACGAUUUCAGUUGGUUCUCUGAUAUUGUGUCCACGUCCUCCGCCACCAUACUGGAGAGCCCGUUUUGCGCGGAGAGCACCAGGGGAGGACAUGCUGACGUGGCCAUGUUAUUCCCGAUGAGGGAAGAGGACGAGUUGUUGUACGCCGAUCUCGGGGAGCUUCCGGAAUGCUCGUUGGUUUUCCGGCGGAGUGGGGUGUUCGAGCAGGACGAGGAGCGUCGGCGGUGUGGUUUGAGCGCUGCGCCGCUUUGCGGAAGCUCAGGAUGAGAUAUCACGCGCCGCCCUCUACGUUAGUGUUACUCAUAGAGAAGCCUUCGCCCAUACGACACAACAGAUUUUGAAAAAACAGACCCGACUUUUUUUUUUUCCUCUCUUUAUCACGUUGGUUUUUCAGUGUCAAAUAGUUAGUUAAAAAAAAAAAAAAGGAAAAUGUGGGAAAUAAUGAAAAGAGGGGUGAUUAGUUUAAUGAAAGAGAUAACCCAUUUCUGUCUUGAUCUUUUUGUAA